GCUCCGCCCCUCGGCGCGGCGGGCGCGGCGCUGCCCCGCUCGGCUGCGCUCGGCGGGACGCGGCGCGGGCGGCCGGGCUGGUGCGGGCCGCGCCGCCCCGCGCAACCACAGCUGCGCUGAGACCGGGGGAGACAGGGGCCGAGAUGGCGGCGUGCGUGGGGAGCCGGACCCUGAGCAAGGACGACGUAAACUACCGCCUGCACUUCCGCAUGAUCAACGAGCAGCAGGUGGAGGACAUCACGCUGGAGUUCUUCUACCGCCCUCACACCAUCACGCUCCUCAGCUUCACCAUCCUCAGCCUCAUGGCCUUCGCCUUCACCAGGGAUGAUUCUGUACCAGAGGAUAAUAUUUGGAGGGGUAUCCUCUCUGUGAUUUUCUUCUUUCUAAUCAUCAGUGUUCUAGCUUUUCCUAAUGGACCCUUUACACGUCCUCACCCUGCUCUAUGGAGGAUGGUUUUUGGUCUCAGUGUGCUCUAUUUUCUGUUCCUGGUGUUCCUGCUCUUCCUUAACUUUGAGCAGGUAAAAGCAGUGAUGUACUGGCUGGACCCUAAUCUUCGAUAUGCCACAAGGGAAGCAGAUAUUAUGGAGUAUGCAGUGAACUGUCAUGUUAUCACCUGGGAGAGAAUCCUCAGCCACUUUGAUAUAUUUGCUUUUGGGCAUUUCUGGGGCUGGGCUAUGAAGGCUUUGCUGAUCCGCAGCUAUGGGCUGUGCUGGACUAUUAGCAUCACCUGGGAGCUCACUGAGCUCUUCUUCAUGCACCUUCUGCCUAAUUUUGCUGAAUGCUGGUGGGAUCAAGUCAUUUUGGACAUCCUGCUUUGUAACGGGGGUGGCAUCUGGUUGGGCAUGGUAGUUUGUCGUUUCUUGGAGAUGAGGACCUAUCACUGGGCAAGCUUCAAGGACAUUCACACAACCACAGGGAAAAUCAAAAGAGCUGUAUUACAGUUCACCCCAGCCAGCUGGACCUAUGUCCGCUGGUUUGACCCAAAGUCUUCGUUUCAGAGAGUGGCUGGAGUCUACCUUUUCAUGAUUAUUUGGCAGCUAACUGAGUUGAACACAUUCUUUUUGAAACAUAUCUUUGUGUUCCAAGCAAGCCAUCCUUUAAGCUGGGGAAGAAUUCUCUUCAUAGGAAUCAUUACAGCACCCACUGUAAGGCAAUACUAUGCUUACCUCACAGACACACAGUGCAAGAGGGUGGGAACUCAGUGCUGGGUGUUCGGGGUAAUUGCCUUCCUUGAAGCUAUUGUGUGUAUAAAGUUUGGACAAGAUCUUUUUUCCAAAACACAAAUAUUGUAUGUUGUGUUUUGGCUUCUCUGUGUGGCCUUUACAACUUUCCUGUGUUUAUAUGGUAUGGUUUGGUAUGCAGAGUACUACGGCCACCGAGAAAAGACCUUAUCAGAAAGUGAAGACAGUCCAUACAGUCCAGAUGCUUCCUGGCUUCAUUCUAAAUUCAGCAGAGCAGGUGCUGACAAUAGUCCACCAAAACAUUCAGUCAAUAAUGAAAGCCAUUCAUCUAGAAGAAGGAAUCGACACUCCAAAUCAAAAGUAUCAAAUGGAAUUGGCAAGAAAUAAGAAUGGUAUCUAAAGACAUCCUACAGUGUGACCAGAAGUAACAAAGAAGAUCAGACCUGACUCUGAAUUACCAAAUGGAAGAUCAAUUUUUAAAUUAAAGUUUAAAAAAGGAAGUGUUGAAGAGAAGGAUGAUGAAGAUGGAACCAUCAGUGUAGUGCACAUGAUGCCUGAUGACACUUGCCAUUCACUGAUGUAAAUCUAGUUUCUUUAGCAUGUGGCACCAAAAGUUCAUGAAGGGCAUACUGGAAAAAAAUGUUGUUUUAUCAUAGCAGGUACUCCCUGUUUUGUGUUCAGGUGUUGCAAGUUCAUUUUUAAUCUCUUAGUUGAGGACUUAAACCCAAAGGUUAGUAAACUGAUAGUCAGUUGGCAUAACUGAUUGGAAUUUUUUUUUGUUUGGUUUAUUGUGUUGUUUUCUAGAAGAUUAUGCAACCCUUUGACUAAAAGCAAUUCUGCCCUUCUUUCUCAGUCUCAUAACAAAACUUUCCCAUGCAACUGUUAGUAAGUAUUUAAAAAUUUCAUAUUGCUUGCUUUUAUUUAAAGGCUCUUAAGGCCUUAUGUCAGGGUUUUACCAGGAAGGAAAUCGGUCCAGAUAUCUUGUAAAGGAUGUGAAAUUGAUCUUCAAACACACAGGUUGUUUUUUGUUCUACAUUGUCCUCCUGCUUGAGUCAUACAUAUUCUUUUUUUUUUUUUAAUUUUUAAAAUGCAUAUAUAAAAAUCUUCUUCCUAGUAGCCUCUUGUCCUCAGUGACAAAGUUCAUGUUAUUUCAUUGUUUUUCCUCCUCUCUUGUAGUAUGGUUUGCAUUUUCAAGUGUAAAUUUGUCUUUUUUUCAUCUGUGCUGUGCCACAUUGUGUAUAAUGUUUCAUCCUACUUCCUUCUAUUUGCUUCCAUCUUAGCUGGACCCAGAAAUCCUCUUGUCUUCAGCCUGAUACCAGAAACUGCUUUGAAGGCUCAGAUGCCCUACUGAGCUUGGUGAUAAGUUUUUUGCUGAAGCCGAGUUGCUUACUAACUCCAUACACAUAAUUUUUUGUGAAGACUUGCUGUAGUCUUUGGUGUCUGAGAGGGAGCAUGAUGUCACUGUGAUAGACCCCAUUGCUGUGGUGUUUCCUAUCAUACAUCAGAUACCCAACAGCAAAGCUGCUCUUUCUUGCAGGUCUGGUUUUGGGUUUUUUUGAGAGGGAUGAUUUACUUUUUGUCUGUGUGUUCUUUUGGGUUUUUUUAAUGUAUUAAUUGUGGCAUCUAGCAAAGUGGAUAAUUCUCCAGCAGUGAAUGUAAUGAUUAAGUCAAGAGGUAAGCAAUCAUGAGCAAUCAGUUUCUGUAUUAAGUUAUCAAAAUGUUUAAGUGCCAAUUAAAUUUUGGGAUUCAAGGCAUUCAGAGGGGUAGGUAGCUUAAGCAAGGAUGAGUAAUAUCCAUUAGUUACUUAGUCUUUAUGAGAAAAUGGGAUUUCCUUUUUCUUUGACUAAUGUUACUGUUAUUUGCCACAGGCUAGGUACUGAAGAAAAAAAUGCAGCAGAGAAUUUCUACAAGUGUAUGAUACUGUAAAUAGAAAAAACUGUGUAAUCCAUCAGUUCCAAUGUGCCACAGAUUAUCAAUGUUUUCAAUGCACUUAAGUGUUGCUGCUGAGCUCCUCAGAGGCCUUUAAUUUCCUACCCUGCUUUUCAAUCAAACAUGGAGUGUACAGCUUGGAAAGUAAUGUAGUAGAAGCUGCUAUAUCAUCAUUGCUGAAGUGGCAUUUAAUGUUACAUGAAAAAAUAUGUUAGGAAGACUUUUGGGCUCUCCUACAACUAUUUGGUUUUCAUUCAUAUUAUAGCAAUUCCAUAUAUUGCCUUUGUAUUUGUAAUGUACUACAUACUGAUGAAUGUAUUUGUAGAUUUCUUUGGAUACUGAUACUUGUUACUUCUUUUAUUUCCUUGGUUAAAAAUUCAGUCUGUUUAAGACUGAAGAAUGGCAUUGUAAAUUUUCUAUUGAUUCAAUACCAAAGCAAGAGGUUUGAAAUCUAAUGGUUUAGGUAUUUUAAGUAUUGUGGUUUUCCAAUGUGAGAGCUUAUUUUGUACUUGCAAGGGAUAUACACACCAACUAUGUAUAAAAAGCUUACAUGUGUAAACAGAUGCUGAAGUACAACAUCUACCUGCCUGUGGGGACAAGCACUCGUUUUGUAAAUGCAGACCUGGUGCUCACAUUGCUGAAGUGCACCCUAAAAUAUUGGAAAGAGAAAUACUGAAAUGUCAUCUGUUGGAAGCUGAUUUCUGUAUACAAUUACAACAGCUUUGCCUUGAAGAAAUGUUGUUUGACAACACAUUUAAAUUAUUUCCAAUUAAGUCUUUUUACUUAAAAUUUUCGUGUUUGCUUGGGUUUUUUUGGUUGUUUUGUGGUGUUUAGUUUGGGGGGGUUGGGAGGGUGUUGGUUUGGAUUUUGGUUUUUUGGGUUGUUGGGGUUUUUUUGUUGCUGUUUUUGGGUUGGUUUUUUUUUUUUUGUUUUUUUUUUUUUUACUUGGGUUUGUUGGGGUUUUUUUCUUUCUUUACUGUAAAAGAGAGAUGGCUAGGGAGAAGGGAAACUUAAGUAAAGUAUUCAAGUGCUGCUUGGUAAAUGGCACUUUGUCUCCUCUGUCAACAGUUCUGGCUGGAAUUCACAUGUGUUCUCACAAGUCCUCCCCUGACAACUGUAUUUUCAACCCAUCACUUAAGAUGUGAGCUUUGCAUUGGAAGGCAUUGGAAAGGUGCUUUUGAUCACUGCUGUAAAAUUAGUGAUCUCAGUUUUAUCAACUGCUGUGCUGUUGCUGAAUGUGUGUAACACCUGUAAUGACAAAUCACUGAGCUGUUUAGCAACAAGCAUCCACGUGUGAGUUCUGCUGCUUGAACAGUGUUUUGUAACAGUCAUGGAUGCACUGUCCUGUUUGUUUUUUUUUUUUUUUACUUGUUCUGUCACAACCUCUCAUUCCUGCUUUCCUGUUUCUGAUGUUCUUUCCUUUCCGUGUCCUCCAGUGAUCUCCCGUGCUGCCAGGGAGAGAUUGGAAUUGCCCUCCAGAGGCUGUCCAUCACUGUCAGUCAUUGAAGGGAGGCUAAUUCGAGGCAGUGUGGUGUAAGCAGAGGGUGGUGGCAAGAACUUGAAGCAGCAGAUUAAAUAAAAAUUGAGAGUUUAUUAUUUUAAUAGAGGUAUGCAAUGAACCAGAGCUCAUGUUGAGUACUAAAUUCCAGUAUUAAGGUUGCUGCAUAGAUCAUACACCACAUCUGAUUAAAUAUUUUGAGUGUGGUUUCAACCAAUUCUUUUGUUACUCUUCUGUGAAGAUCAUCACUUGAUGUUCCAGCUGUUAAAACUUUAUUUUUUUUUACUUUGUUAUCACAAGAGGACACAGAUAUUACCGUAUAUUUAAUAAUUUUUGAAUAGAAUUGCUCUGUAUUGAUUGCAAAGUAUUGUAUUUUGCAAUAAUUGAGUAAAUCAACCAUGACACCAG